AUGUCUUCUUCUCAUGGUGCUCCUGUUGUACUAGCCGGAGGCGUUGGUGGUAUGCCAGUCACUGCACUCCAUCAACAGCCAAUGCAGAUCUACAUUGAUCCAGCUAGCAAACAACACUACAUGGCUAUAGAAAGUGAGUUUUGCAGCAUUGUUUUUCGAACGUCUCCAUUCUUUUGAGC